AUGAACACAGCCCAGGGCACAGUGGGCAGCGACCCGGUGAUCCUCGCCACCGCCGGCUACGACCACACAGUCCGGUUCUGGCAGGCCCACAGCGGGAUAUGUACCCGAACGGUCCAGCACCAGGACUCGCAGGUGAAUGCCUUGGAGAUCACACCGGACCGUAGCAUGAUAGCAGCUGCAGGCUACCAGCACAUUCGGAUGUACGACCUGAACUCCAACAACCCGAACCCAGUGAUCAACUACGACGGCGUGAGCAAGAACAUAACGUCCGUCGGGUUCCAUGAAGACGGCCGCUGGAUGUACACGGGGGGCGAAGACUGCAUGGCUCGGAUCUGGGACCUCAGGUCGCGCAACCUCCAGUGCCAGCGUAUCUUCCAAGUGAACGCGCCCAUCAACUGCGUCUGCCUGCACCCAAAUCAGGCAGAACUCAUUGUGGGAGAUCAGAGCGGAGCCAUUCACAUCUGGGACUUGAAAACAGACCACAACGAGCAGCUCAUCCCGGAACCGGAAGUCUCGGUCAACUCCGUUCACAUCGACCCUGAUGCCAGCUACAUGGCGGCCGUCAACAGCUCAGGCAACUGUUACGUGUGGAACUUAACAGGGGGCAUUGGAGACGAGGUGACCCAGCUGAUCCCGAAGACCAAGAUUCCCGCACACAACCGUUACGCGCUCCAGUGCAAGUUCAGCCCAGACUCCACGCUCCUGGCCACUUGUUCCGCUGACCAGACCUGCAAGAUCUGGAAGACGUCCAACUUCUCCCUGAUGACGGAGUUAAGCAUCAAGAGCAACAACCCAGGGGAGACCUCCCGCGGCUGGAUGUGGGACUGCGCUUUCUCAGGAGACUCCCAGUACAUCGUCACCGCCUCCUCGGAUAAUCUGGCCAGACUGUGGUGCGUGGAGACGGGGGAGAUCAAGCGAGAGUACAGCGGCCAUCAGAAGGCCGUGGUCUGCCUGGCUUUCAACGACAGCGUGCUGGGCUGAAGAGCGCC